AUGAAAGUCACCAAGCCAAACUGGGUCGAGCACGCGGCAGGCGAGAAGCAGACCAAGUCGCCCAUCUACUCUAUCAAUGUGCAUCCCGAUGGCACACGUCUUGCUACUGGCGGUCAAGACAACAAGGUCAAGAUCUGGAGCACACUGCCAAUCCUCGACCCACAGGCCGAGGAGGAUGCCGCCAACCCCCGCCUCCUGUGCACCAUGUCGGCUCACACAGGUCCCGUUCUGACCGUCCGCUGGGCCCACCACGGCCGCUACCUCGCCUCUGGAUCCGACGACAGCGUUAUCCUCAUCUGGGACAUUGACCCUGCCGGCGGCGGACGCGUGUUUGGCAGCGAAGAGGUCAACGUCGAGAACUGGAAGGCCCUACGUCGUCUCGUGGGCCACGAGGCCGAUGUCGUCGACUGCGCCUGGAGCCGCGAUGACGCCAUGCUCGCCAGUGUUGGCCUCGAUUCCAAGUUUAUCAUUUGGGAUGGCUACACUUUUGAGCGUAUCCGUACCAUCGACGCGCACCAGGGUUUCGUCAAGGGCGUUACUUGGGAUCCCGUCGGCAACUACCUUGCCACUCAGUCCGACGACAAGACCGUCCGUAUCUGGAACGCUGAGGACUGGAAGUGUGUGGAGACGGUCAGCAAGCCGUUUGAAAUGUCGCCACAGUCAACCUUCUUCCGUCGUCUCAGUUGGUCUCCAGAUGGCGCCUUCAUCGCCGCCUCGAACGCUAUGAACGGCCCCGUCUUUGUCGCCGCCGUGAUUGAGCGUGAAGGGUGGACCUCUGAGAUUUCGUUUGUCGGCCACGAGAACACGAUCCAGGUCACCGCCUUCAACCCCCGCCUUUUCUUCAGCGAGGGCGUGCCCCAGGACCGCAUCCAUGCGUCGUGCAUGCUCGCUCUCGGCGCCGACGACUUCUCCAUCUCGGUGUGGCGCAAUACCCACCACAAGCCCAUUGUUGUCGUGCGUGACGUUUUCGCGCGCCAGCUCCUCGACCUCUGCUGGGCCAACGACGGUCUCACACUGUACGGCUGCUCAGCGGACGGUACCGUCUGCGCCAUGCAGUUCCGACCCGACGAGUUUCCCGAGCUCGCUGCCGCGGACAUGACGGACAAGAUCCUCGAGGACUACAAGUACAACCCUCCUCACCGCCGCAAGGCACCCCAGAAGCCCCUCUCCGUCACCACUUCUUUCACUGCGGCGCCAGCUGGCGCUCAAGAGCAUGUCAACGUCAUCAUCCCCCGCAAGGCUCCCAAGAAGGCACCUCGCCGCAUUGGCCUUUCUGGCAUGAUGGGCGGCGCCGCCGCCGCAACCAAUGGGUCGGCAUCGGCGUCGGGCGGCCGUGCACCUCUCGCACGUCCAGCGCUCACCCCUCAACGCGGCACUGCGGCUGACGCGUUUGCGUUUGCUGCCGACCAGCCGCUCAGCGACUCGCCGGUCGCUGCCGCCACAGCUCGCAUGUUUGAGCGCGGCGCGUUUGACCGUGACUCGGCGCUGAAGCGCAAGGCGAGCGAGGACGACUUUGGCCGUGGAGCACCAAAGGGCCGUACCAUGGGACGCGAGUCUCGCAACCUCGGUCCUGUGCAGGAGAUCCGCGCUCCUCGCGUCGCUAUCAGCGCCAGCACUGGAUCUGGCCAUCUCCUCCCCGUCCCUUCUAUCCAGAGCGUCCUCCGCGUCCAGCAAGACGAGGGCCAGGGCGUCUUCACCGCCGAGAACUCGACCGAUGGCGGCAACACCACCAUUGCGCUGGCCGUCAACGGCAAGGAGUCCUGGGUCGACUUUAUCCCGUCACCGGCGCUCGCAAUCGUUGCCAACACUUGUAUGUGCGCCGUUGCGAGCGAGGACGGCAUGAUCCGCGUGUUCUCGCCCGCCGGACGCCACAUUUCUUCCUUCAAGCUGCCAUACCCGGCGUCAGAGCUCGCUGCUGGCAGGGAGUUCCUCAUGGUUGUCACUGUUGACUGCAUGGUCCGUGUCAUCGACACGCGCAAGGGCAGCGUCCCCAUACCUCCGUCGUCCAUUGCACACCUCUUCGACCCGCCCUCGUCCUCGGCCAAGGUCGCUCCCGUGGCCGACCUCAAGGCCAUCAUGGUCCGUCCCAACGGGUGCCCGGUGGUCAUCACCUCGGAGCCGGCAGCGUGGGCCUAUGACCAGGACGUGGCCGCAUGGACGCAGAUCGCGACGCCAUGGUGGGGCACUUCACCUCUGAGCGAGUCGCGCACGCGCGGUCGCUCGUCACAGGCCAGCGGCCCACUGGCCGAGAUUGAGCAGCGUAUCGCUUCGGCGGCCGACGUCGACCAGCCCGACAAGAAGCCCCAGUGGUGGGACGAGGCCAUGUCCAUGGGCCACUACGAGACGCGUCUGCGUGCCGCCCGUCUCCUCGACUCCAAGGACGAGUACAAGCACUGGCUCCGCGAGUACAGCAAGUACCUCGCCCAAGAAGACUUCCGCGAGCGCGCAGAGGAGCUCAUCGGCGACCUCAUGGGUCCUCUUUAUCACCUGGGCAGCAAACCUGCAUGGAACCCCAUCACGAUGGGAGUGCCCAAGCGCGACUUUGCCGCGAUCGCCCUGGGAGUCAUGAAGGCGUCCCCCGCACUCGGUGGAUUCGCUGGCGACCAGCUCCAGAUCCUCAAGCGUAUUCAGCACGAGGAGGCCAAGUGGGUCUAA